AUGCAACAACAGCAGCAGCAGGUGGUGAUGCAACGACAGGAGCAGCAGGUGGUGAUGCAACAACAGCAGCAGCAGGUGUUGACGCCACCACGGCAGCAGCAGGUGGUGAGGCAACGACAUCAGCAGCAGGUGGUGAUGCAACUACAGCAGCAGCAGGUGGUGAUGCAACUACAACAGGAGUACAGGCAACCUCGUCCCUCAUCCAUCAACGAGAAAGUUCGAGUGUUCUUUGUACGGCUUCGAUACCCUGGCGACGAGGUUGAAGACAAGACAUUCAAAAUGUCAUCUUUUCGUGGACGUCGCACCGAUUCACAAAUUAAUUGUGUUUAA